AUGUGUCGACUCAUGGCAUAUGUAGGAGACCCCGUGGUCAUCGCAGACGUGGUCCUGUGGCCGAAGCGGAGCAUUAUCAAGCAGAGUUAUGAUGCCCGUGAGAGGCUGCUUGACCCGACCUUGCCGUUCCACCUCGGGCACGGCAACCUGAAUGGCGACGGGUUCGGAAUCGGCUGGUACAGCAACAUGGAGGGGAAGCGGGAGGACGGGAGCGAGGACCACUCGCCGUGCGUGUUCACCUCGGUGACGCCGGCGUGGAACAACGAGAACCUGUCGCGGCUCUCCUGCAAGAUCACCUCCCCGCUCGUCUUCGCCCACGUGCGAGCGGCCUACCCAGGGAUGCCCGUCAGCGAACAGAACUGCCACCCGUUCCAGAUGGGCCGCUACCUGUUCAUGCACAACGGCGUCAUCGGCGGGUUCCUGCAAAUCCGGCGCCUGCUCCUGGAGAACCUGUCGGACUUCGCGUACAACUGCAUCGCGUCCUUCCACUCGGACUCCGCCGUCUCCUUCGCCAUGGUUCUGCACCACCUCGGCUCCUGCCACGAGCCACGCAGCCCCCAGGAGAUGCUGCGCGCGGUCGAGCUGGCCAUCGCGGACAUCCGCCGCUGUCAGCGGCAAGGGGGGGUGUCUGAGGAGGAGGUGUCCCUGCUCAACUUCGUGCUGGCGGACGGGAGCAACAUGGUGGCCACGCGCUUCGUGAGCCCGGACCACGCGCGGCCCGCGUCGCUGUACUACGCGGAGGGCUCCUCGUUCGAGCGCGCGGAGGACUUCCAGAUGCCGAGCAACGUGGGCGACCAGGCGGCCGCGAACAAGGCGUGCACGGCCGGGGCGGCGCGCCAGGCCGCGGUGAAGCAGGCGGACUACACGGUGCUGCGGCACGGCGAUCGCUGCUCGCGGAUGGCGGUCCUGGCCUCGGAGCCCAUCACGGCGUCGACCACGGACUGGGUGCAGGUGCCGAAGAACCACGCGCUGGUCAUCUCCCGCGACGCGCAGGGCUUCGUCAACAUCGUGCGCAGCCCGCUGCUGCCGUCCACGGACCAGGACCUGACGGGGCGCCAGCUGGACGCCAUGCGCUGCCUCGAGGCCAUCGCCGAGUGCAACUCGGUGCCCUCCAAGGACUGGCACGGCGCGCCGCUGCACCGCGCCUCGUCCAUCCGCCGCACCAGCGCCAAGUCCUCGAGCGUGACGGACCUCGUGAAGCACAAGCGGCUGUCGACCGACAGCGGGGCGUCGACGCCCAUGCAGGACGCGGACAUCAAGAGCUCCACCGAGGCCAGCCGCCUGGGGCCCCGGAGCAGCAUGGCGUUCGCCAACGGCCACUUCGUGUCGGACUUCGAGGCGACGGAAAUCUGCGAACGGCCCGACGCGGUCCUGGAGGGCCACGUGGAGUGCGUGCAGGCCCUGGCGCAGCACGGCAGACAUCUCUUCUCCGCGUCAAUGGACCACAGCAUCAAGUGCUGGGACCUGGAUACCCUGUCGAUCGUGCACACCCUGAUAGGGCACGUGCGGCCAGUGCUCUGCCUGCACAUCCGCGACCCCUACCUCAUCUCCUGCGCCGGCCGCACCGUCCGCGUGUGGUGCCUCUCCUCGUUCACGUGCCUCCGUGCCCUCUCCCUCGUCGACGACAUCUCGCGCGCGGCCAUCAUGUCCCUGACCGUCGUGCCGGGCCCGCCGCUGCCCGCGGUCGGCCAGGGUCCUUCGCUCUGCCUGUACAUAGCGCGGGCCGACUCCGUGCUGCAGAGGUUCACCCUCGCGCUCCCGGCCAACGGCGUGCCCGACGAGUGCACCGACAUCCACCACCAGCCCGCCGAGAUCAAGACGGUCGAGCCCGACUGCACCGCCGCGCUGGAGCAGGGCCACUGCUCCGCCGUCAUGGCGGUGACCAUCUGCGAGGAGUACGUGGUGUCCGGCUCCUGCGACGCCACGCUGCGGGUCUGGACGGCGCACGGCCUCGCGCCGGUCAAGGUCCUGCGCGGCCACCGGGGCGCGGUCCUGGCGCUCGCGACGCUGGGCCACCUCGUGGUGUCGGGCGGGCGCGACAACGCCAUCCGCGUGUGGGACAUGGAGGCCAUGUGCUGCCGCCGCACGCUCCUCGGCCACAACAGCGACAUCCUCUCCAUCUGCGCAGUCGGACCCGCCACGCGCGUCAAGGCCGACGAGCACGUCUCGUCCGAGCACGCGGGCGGGCCGACGUACUACAGCUCCGGGGGGUUGGCCCCUGACGACCUGUCGCUCCUGUUCGUCUCCACGUCGUCGGACCGGACGAUCCGCGUCUGGAGCGCGCGCGACUGGACGUGCAUGCAGGUCCUGACCGUCAACCAGGACGGCUGCGCCCCGUCGUUCAUCACCGCAUCACUGACCCCCAAGGGCGUCGUGUCGGCCAGCCAGAACGGCGACGUGCAGUUGUGGGCCAUGGAGUUCGCAGCUGCUGAGCCGCCCUCGUCGCACGAGUCCCACAGCGGGACCAACGGCCACUCAUCCUCCGCGCUCAAGGCCGUCCAGCCGCGCGCGCCCGUCAAGACCCCGAGCGCGCUCCUCCUGCGCAAGGACCCCAAGCUGGGGGACAUGCGCCUCACCACCAACAUGAUCGACCACCGCAUCAUGGGCAUCCUGCGCAACUUCAUCCGCAUCCCGACAGUGUCCCUGGAGGAGGCGCACCGCGAGGACAGCUUCCGCGGAGCCAAGUUCCUGGCCCGGCUGCUCGAGGCCGAGCUUGGCGCGGAGGUGAUGUUGUCGCGUCCGCAGGAGGACUGCAACCCGGUGGUGAUUGGGCGGCUGGGCCGGAACACGGACGUGCCGACGGUGACGUUCUACGGGCACUACGACGUGCAGCCCGCGCGCCGGGAGGACGGGUGGAACACGGACCCGUGGGAGAUGUCGAUCGUCAACGGCUACCUGUACGGGAGGGGCGCGUCGGACAACAAGGGCCCUAUCUUGGGCUUCCUCUACGCCGUUAAGUCGCUCCUGGACGACUGCGGCGGGAACGUCGACGCGCUGCCGACGAACGUGGCGUUCGUGUUCGAGGGCGAGGAGGAGAACGGCUCGCGCGGAUUCACGCAGGCGGUGGAGAAGGCCAAGCACUGGUUUGACGGCACGGAGGUGGUGGUGGUGAGCAACACGUUCUGGAUCGGGGAGAACAACCCGUGCCUGACGUGCGGCAUGCGCGGCAUGAUCACCGCGUCGAUCGAGGUGAACGGGCCGCAGAAGGACCUGCACUCGGGGAACGAGGGCGGCGCAUACAACGAGCCCCUGAACGACCUGGUCAAGGUGCUGUCCACGCUGGUGGACUCGCACUCGUACAUCACCGUCCCGCACUUCUACGACAAGGUCGAGACCGUCAACUUCGAGGCCAUCGGCGCGGAAGUCGAGGAGUCCCAGGAGUUCUCCCUCGCCGAGUACCAGGCUGCCAUCGGGGUGCCCGCGCUCUCCAUCACGUCCUCCGUCGCGGAGAUGCUCUUCCAGAGGUGGGGCCAGCCGUCGCUGUCCAUCGUCGACGUGCGCCUGUCCGGCGGCGAGUACUACCAGUACGGUCCGACGCGGUUCUCGGUCAUCCCCUGCCGGGCAGUCGGCAAGGUGUCGAUCCGCUUUGUUCCGCGGCAGUCCGCCCAGGAACUGAUCGACGCGCUGCGCACGCACGUCAACCACGAGUUCCACAAGCUGCGGUCCGCGAACAACAUCUCCGUGACGGAGCACAGCUUCGGCGGCUGGUGGCAGGCGGACGUGUCAAGCGAACUGAUGAGGUGUGCCGAACAAGCCAUCGAGCAAGUCUGGCACAAGAAGCCGCUGCACGUGCGGGAGGGCGGCACGAUGCCCGUCACGUCCACCCUGGAGCGCAUCCUGGGAGCCCCUGCGCUGCUGAUCCCAUUCGGCCAGUCAUCAGACUCGACACACCUCCCGAACGAGCGCCUGAAGCGGGACAACCUGUUGCGAGGGCGCGACGUGAUCCGGGAGUUCCUGAUCCAGGUGGGCAACCUGUCGAGGCGGGACGACAGGCCGAGCGCGUCCGGUCGGUGGGCGCUGGGCAACACCAUUGGUCAGAGUGGUCUGGAGGGUCUGUCUCCCACGGCACAGGCGCGGGUCAGGAGCGCGUGCGGACACAACCACGGGAACGGGCACGCGGCUUGA